AGUUCGUACCCCAAGCGACGUUUUUUGGGGAAGAUUCUCCUUGGGCUCGUCAGUCUGCUUGGAUAUUUACACCGGUGUUGUUAACGUAGCAGCUAGGCACAGAAAUGGCUCUUCUGGAUCUUGCCAUGCAAGGGUUCUCUAUAUUUGGAUUCAUUCUAUUUCUCGUACUCUGGUUUAUGCAUUUCAUGUCCAUCAUCUAUGUUCGACUCUGCCUCAACAAGAAAAAGAGCGGUGACAAGCAGCCCUACAGUAAGCGGCGGGGUCUCUCUAUCUGAACCUCUGAAAGGAGUAAGACCCAAACCGUCAUCAAUAACCUGGAACUUCUUGGAAAACUCGACUACCCCCAGUUUGAGAUCCUACUCUGUGUCCAGGACCAUGACGACCCAGCCAUUGAUGUGUGUAAAAAGCUUCUAGGAAAAUAUCCCAACGUUGAUGCUCGGCUAUUUAUAGGAGGAAAGAAAGUCGGCAUCAACCCCAAGAUUAAUAACCUGAUGCCGGGUUAUGAAGGGGCCAAGUAUGACCUGGUGUGGAUCUGCGACAGCGGAAUACGAGUGAAACCGGACACUCUGACCGAUAUGGCCAACCAGAUGACAGAGAAGGUGGGGUUGGUCCAUGGCCUUCCCUACGUGGCCGACAGACAGGGCUUCGCUGCUACGCUGGAGCAGGUGUACUUUGGCACGUCCCACCCGCGCUCCUACAUCUCAGCCAACGUGAUGGGUAUUAAGUGUGUGACAGGGAUGUCCUGUCUGAUGAGGAAAGAUAUCCUGGACCAGGCUGGAGGGCUCAUAACCUUCGCUCAGUACAUCGCUGAGGACUACUUUAUGGCGAAGGCCAUCGCUGACAGGGGAUGAAGUUCUCCAUUGGCAACGCAGGUAGCCAUGUCAGACACUUCUGGGUCCUAUUCAGUUGCUUCAGUUCAGUCCCGCAUGAUCAGAUGGUCCAAGAGCUUCGUAUCAAACAUGCUCCCCCCGCAACCAUCUGUCGAGCCCCUCGAGUGUGUCCUAGCAGCCUGUCCAGUUGGCUGGUCCCCGGCCGAUUCACCCGUGUUCCCCACUGCAGGAUAUUCGCACUAUGGGUUCAUCAGAGAGUCCAUGACCGUCCAGAUCUUCCUGCGGCCCUGUGGGAGCCUUCCAAUACCAUACAAGCUGGAGGACGGGGCGCUACAGGUUACCGAUGUGGCGGGUACGGCGAAGAUUCCUGCGACGUAUAGCGAACAGCCUAAGUCCCACCUACAGGGGACGCGGGAACCCGAGCCCAUCACCCAGGGCCGAGGACAAUAA